GUAGUCCCCACCCACUAUUAAACAAUUUGAAGAAGAAAAGGUGAACGAAUACUACGUCAUCAAUACGCGCCAAAACACGCAGUCUCUGGCAGGUCUUCAUAUCUUACACCCAGAAGAUCAAACUGUGCAUCCUCUCUAACCAGAUCAAGUAAUUCUACUCAUAGCCUGCAUGCUGUGAAGUCCAUGCUAUGUUGGCGAAAACAGAGGAAAGGAAGCGGCAGAAAGACGAAGGAAAGAAAAGGAGACACCCUGGUGAAGAUGGCGAUGGAGGAGAGUGGAAGAGGAGGGGAGGAGAAGAAGGAGAAGGGUGUCAGGCAGACAGUGGCAAGAAGCGCCUGGACGCCCUGAGCGUGGGCUAUUUCCGCCGAGUUGGGGAAAGACUCGGCGAAGGCUUUGAAGAAAAUGAGGAGAGAGAGAUGUUUGUGGAGAACGUCCUGACAGAAGUUAAAGGUAAAGCGACGGUUGUGGGGAUGGACCGGACAGGAAGCAUCACCCUGGAGCGGCUGCUCCCUCUGUGCAGUCUUGACCAGGUGGCGGAGGUGCUGGCUGAGCUGGGUGGUGCAUCGGGGUCAGAGUUUAAGGUUGUUUCUUGCAACCCGUGCGGAGGCCACGUGAUGGAGAGUGCAGUCAGACAGAUAUCCAGGUGGACUGAAUCAUCACAAAAGGAGUCAGAAGAAGAAGAUGAAAACGAGAGUUGUGACUUGUUGGAGGCCCAGGUGUUGUCUUUAAGUCAGGUGGUGAGAGACAACGUUGCAGAGUUCAUCAAACACGUCCAUGGCUCACAUGUAGUCCGCACACUUUUACAUGUGCUGGCAGGCUGCGUCGGACCACCGCGCACUGAGACUCGUCCAGGUGCAAAGAACCGCAACAUUGCUCCUCAGCUGACAGACUUUGAGAUUCCCACAUCAUUUUGGUACGAGCUGAAAAGCCUUACAGAGACCCUGAUGGACAACGUUAAUCUGAGUGUGACGGAUGCUGUUGCCAGUGCAGUGUUCCAGACCAUGUUGACCGUGUGCCACAGAAAGCGACCUAAACUCUGCAAACAGCUCCUCAAAAGCACCAUGGAGUACCUGACCAGUCGCAACGCUGCUCCAGGAGUGAGUCCCCUUCUGGUCUUUCUCAAGGACCCGGCCUCCAGUCACCUCAUUGAGACCAUCAUACAGCUAUCCCACAAGUCGCUUCUUCGGGAUCUCUACAAGAACCACCUCGAGGGUCAGCUGGUGGAAUUAUCCCUCCAUUCCAUCGCCAACUUCCCCAUUCAGAGGCUAAUGGCAGCCUCGGCCAAAUGCAAAAUGUUCCUGAGGUUGUUUGAUGAGCUGAUCCAAGGUGUGGAGGCCAUCUUGGCCUCAGGUCACAUGGGUGUGAUUGUCCAACUGGCCGAGAGCUGUGCAGAAAGCGGAGAGAAACAGGAAGAGAUGAUACAGUGCCUCCUCCGUGCAUUCCACUGUGCUGAGCCCGGCACUCGACACGUCAGCUGCCUCCCUCUCUUCAUGUCCCUGCUCACCUAUGAGGUGUAUUACCACUCUGACGCAGAAGAGGGCGACACACAGACAGAGGUACCGCUAUCCUCCAUCUGUUACCACGGAUCCCGGCUGGUCCAGGCGCUGGCCAAGUUCAAGGAGCGCUCACUCCUCCUCAGCAGCCUGCGCACUAUGACCCCUUCUGACCUCCUCAAGCUAGCUUCUGACCCCUCGGGCAGCCACGUCCUCCAGGCCCUCAUCACCACAUCCAGCGACAAGGGGAGAGGCAAGAUCCUCAAGAGACUGGAGGGCCAGUAUGUUUCUAUGGCCUGCUCCAGGUUGGGUAGUCGGGUGCUGGAAGCCAUAUGGAACACUUCUUCAGUCAGUCAAAGGCAAAGCAUUGCACAGGAACUAGUGCAGAGUGAAAACCAGCUGAGGUCAGAUCAGUUUGCUCGCCACGUGUGGGCCAAAUUUGCCCUCCCCCACUUCUCCCUCAGAAGAGCCCACUGGCUGGAAAUACAGACCGGCGAGUCCAAGAAGCGGAAGCUCUUUAGUGACAUUCUUGCAUAACAUUUUUUGUAUAUAAUGUUUUAGGGUUUUUGCUAUGUAAUUGGAUAAAAAAAAUAA